UCACACGAAAUGGCAGCCAAAUUCCUCAUGAUCCUGUCCCUGGCGGCGGCGGCUCGCGGCGGCGUGCCCGGGGCGCGGCUGGAGUACCCGGAUGAGCCGGCGCACUACGAGUACCAGUACUCCGUGUCGGACGCCAGCACCGGCGACAGCAAGCAGCAGCAGGAGGCGCGCGCCGGCGACAGCGUCAGCGGCUCCUACAGCCUGCUGCAGCCCGACGGCCUCACGCGCCACGUGCGUUACUCCGCCGACGCGCUCGCGGGCUUCAACGCCGAGGUCACCUACGAGGGCGCCCCCGCCCCCGCCAACAUCGCCUACGCCGCCCCUGCCGCUAAGGUAGCCUACUCCGCCCCGAUCUCUUACGCCGCUCCCGUCGCCAAAGUCGCGUACUCUGCCCCCAUCUCCUACGCUGCUCCCGUCGCUAAAGUAGCCUACUCCGCCCCGAUCUCUUACGCCGCCCCCGUGGCUAAGGUAGCCUACUCUUCUCCCAUCUCCUACUCCGCCCCAUUGUCCUACGCGGCCCCCGUGGCUAAGGUGUCGUACGCGUCGCCGCUGUCUCAGGUGAGCUUCGCGUCCCCCGCCGUCUCCUACCACCACUAACUGUAGUCCUAGCUCAUACCAAUAUUUAUUGUACAAAUAGUAGCAAAUAUAAUUUGUUGAAGAUUUA